UGUCAAAAAAAAAGAAAAAAAAAAUUGACACCCGCACGAGUCGAUUUGUCAAUAUUUUUUCCAUUUCAUUAAAAAAAAAUUACAUUUUUUAAUAAAAUAAUAAAUAGAAAUCAUGUCACUAUCACCGGCAAGUGGCAUUGGUCGUUUUUAUAAAAAAUCUGCCAAAAUUAUAAGAUGUGUACGCUGGGGAUGCACCAACAGACCUUUCUAUCACAUUGUUGUUAUGGAGCGAAGGAAGGAUCAACAUCAACCGGUCAUAGAACAAGUUGGCUCAUAUGAUCCUCUAAUCAACGAACACGGCGAACGUCUUGUUUCAUUCAAUUUCGAAAGAAUUCGUCAUUGGUUAGGUAAUGGUGCACAUUUAUCAAAACCAGCUGCUGAACUCCUAGGCAUUGCUGGAUUUACGCCAAUUCACCCAAAAACCUACAUGACUGCAUGGAGGAAUAGACAAAGAAUUGAUGAGCAAGAAGCUAAAAGCGAGGUGGAGGGUAAAAAGAACGACGAAUAGAAUAUUGAUUUUUUUUUAUUGUUAAAUAGAUUCAUUAAUAAAAAAAAAAAAACAAAAUAAAAUUUAAUAAAAAAAAACACUGUUUUUGUGAUGGGCUUUUUCAAUCUUAUUGAAAUGAUUUUAUUUUAAAUAUUUAUUUUAUUUUUUCAUUUGAUUACAAUUUUGAAUAAAAGGCAAGUUAUUUUAAGAGAAAAUCGUUAUUAAAGUUAUUUGAUUUCAAAUCAAAUAAUGGAUAAACAAGAAAA